CGGGGGACUCGGGGGCGUGGCCCCAGCGGCUGAGGCGGUCGGCGGCGCGCGGGCGGUUGGUCCAGCGUUCGGGCCUCGCGGGGACGAAAUCCGGUUCCGUGCUUUCGGAGACUGGCCGGCGGCAGGCAUGGCUGGAGCCCCCGCGCCGGGCAGCAGAAGGCGGAGCGGGCCCCAGGCCCCUAGUCCCGGCCCGCCGCCCAGCAUCCGGCAGCCUCCGAGCAAGCGGCCCCGGGGCUUCCCCGCGGCCGCAGCUCUGGACCCCGAAGACCCGUUCGGCCCUCACGAGGAUUUCACCGCGGACGACCUGGAGGAGCUCGACAUCCUGGCAUCACAGGCCCUGAGCCACUGCCCGUUCGCGGCUCGGGAUGUGUCCAGUGCUCAUAAUGUGCCCAGAUUGGAUGGAAUGCCCAAAAAUCCUACAGGCAAAAGCAGAGAAAGUGUUCCAGUUAAAGAUAAUUUUGAAUUAGAGUUACUUCAGGCCCAGUAUAAAGAACUUAAAGAAAAGAUGAAGGCGAUGGAAGAAGAAGUCCUCAUUAAAAACGGAGAGAUUAAAAUUCUGCGGGACUCGCUGCACCAGACAGAGUCCGUUGUAGAGGAGCAGAGGCGAUCACAUUACUUCCUGGAACAGGAGAAAGCUCAAGCGCUCAGCGACAAAGAGAAGGAAUUCUCCAAAAAGCUCCAGUCACUGCAGUCCGAGCUCCAGUUCAAAGACGCAGAGAUGAACGAACUGAGGACCAAGCUUCAAAGCAGCGAACGAGCAAACAAACUGGCUGUUCCCUGCACUUCCCAUGGCAGCCCUAGGAAAAGCCCCUCUGUGGUUCCAAAGCCAGAAGCAUGUUCUCCGCAGUUGGGAAAGCCAUCUUUCCCUACAAAGGAGUCUUUCAGCGCUAACACGUCCCUCCCCCAGCCCUGCCAGACGGAGCCAGGAUGCAAGGCGCUGGCGGGCAGAGAGGUUUCAGAAAAUAAGACCCACAGUCUGGGAGGUGACCCUGUAAAGCAAGAAGAGUCCCCCCAAAAAUGUCUUGUCAACAGCCUGAUGCAGACAUCGAACACUCGAGGUUCCAUCUUGAUAAACCUUCUUCUGCAGCAGCCUUUGACCCCAGGGUCAUCUGUCGGGCUGUGUCACCUCCUGAGCAGCGGCUCUGAGGCUCCCACCGGCACCCUGUCGCAGCCACUGGGGUUCGGCAGCAUCUUGCCUGGGAUUUCAAGCCUCAGGACCACCGGUUCUCGCGAUGGGCCACUUCCCCUCUCGGCCCUGCGGGAAGCGCAGAACCUGGCACUUACUGGACUGAACAUGAUCGCCAGGGAUGAAGGCUCGUGCGACAGGGACCCGGCCGAGGGCGGCAGAAGGGCCUUCCCGCUCUGCCGGUUUCCCGGGGCCGUGCACCUCCUGCCACUGCUGCAGCUCUUCAUCGGCGUCCACUGCCAGGCUCUGCAGGACUCGUCGCUGUCGGUCGCCAAGAGAAGCGGGGCCCCUGGGGACUCACCAGCCCGCGCCUCCCGCGUGAGCCCCAGGGCAGAGGCCAGCGCCGAGGACACGCUGAGCCAGCUGGAGCCCCUCUGUGUGGCCUCGCUGAGCGUCCUGCAGCACCUGGUGUGCCACAGCGGGGCUGUCGUCGGCCUGCUGCUGUCGGGAGCGGGGGCCGGCUCCGCUGCCGCCAGCGAGGGAGACCCCAGCCUGGCUUGCCCUGGGGCCGGGGCGUCGGACCCGGGGGGCCUUGCCGACCACCAAGGCCAGCAUCCGCUGCUGAAGAUGCUUGUCCGCCUGCUAACCUUGUCCUCUGCAGCACCGGGUCACCUUCAGGCCAAUGUCCUCAGCCAGUGCCUUCAGGUGUUGGUGAAAUCAGCUGAAAACUCUCCCUUGGACCUCUUGCCCAGGCUCCAGAGCGUGUUCCCCGCGCUGCCGCGGUGCCUUAGCCCGGAGACACCUCUGCCCAGCGUGCUGCUCACCGUGCAGCUCCUGUCCCUCCUGGUGGACCACGAGGAGCUCGUGCCUCAGCUCUGCUCCCACUCGGAGGGGUGCCUCCUCCUGCUGCUGUACAUGUACAUCACCUCGAGGCCUGACAGAGCGGCCUCGGACAGACAGUGGCUGCAACUGGAACAGGAGGCCGUGUGGCUCCUGGCUAAGCUGGGUGUGCAGAGCCCCUCAUCCCCCGUCACCGGCUCCAACUGCCAGUGCAACGUGGAGGUGGUCAGAGUGCUCACCGUGGUGCUGCACAGGCAGUGGCUGACGGUGCGGAGGGCGGGCCGGGCCCCCGGGACCGAGCAGCGGAAGCGGACAGUGCGCUGUCUGAGGGACGCCGUGCUGCUGCUGCACGGCCUGUCCCAGAAGGACAAGCUCUUCGCCGUGCACUGCGUGGAGGUGCUGCACCAGUACGACCAGGCGAUGCCAGGGGUCAGCACGCUGAUUCGGGGGCUUCCGGACGUGACCGACUGCGAAGAGGCCGCCCUGGAUGACCUCUGUGCGGCGGAGACCGAGGCGGAGGACCCCGAGAUGGACUGCGGCUGAGGUCCGUGAGCACCGAGCCACGUGGUGGCGCCAGCCCCCCUGCCUGCCUCCCCCCAGAGCCCAUUAAAAGCAGUGACCCGCUGUUUGAGAAC